ACUGGUAAUCGAAUAAUCGUUUGUAUGAGUUUCGAUUGCGCUUAAGUUUCCAGUCAUCACCAAAGCACGUUUUUCGGAAAAACCGCGUAAAAUCCAUCUUCAGCUGAGCAAUAAGUUUGAUGAACAAAAGCCACCUACAACAAUGGAUUUAAUGGAUAAGUUACUCUGCGAGCUGGCGGAGAUUCUUCGGGACCAUGAACCAGGCUUGAAGCGCGUGGUCCAGGGCAUGUUCGAUCUAGUUCAGGACAACGUGAACUGCAGCACCCAACUUAUGCACAAGGUAAUCUCUGCUGUGAUCUCUGGAAGCCAGGAACAUACAUCAACUCGCCGCCACCUGCUGGCCAGAGCCCUCGUUUGCGUCCAGCUGCAAAUCAGCAGAAUUCCUGCCGACGAUGGCGCGCUGCUAUUGCAAGAACUCCUGACAGGGACUUUGGAUGAUGUUUAUCCAUAUACUGGUCAGAUUUUGGAACAUCUGUUUGAAAAUUUUGUCAGCGUGCUGGGAGCGAACUGUUUCCUGCGUCUGCUUGACGCCACGCGAGAGCUUUUGCUAUCUCAGGAGCCACAGAAUUGCAAAUCAUCAAACUUUCUGAUCAGCAAGAUCCAAAAGAUGUGUAAAAUCGGUGGAGAGCAAAGCGAAGCCUUACUAAAUUGUUUGCAGUGCAGUGCCCAGCAGUGGACAGCUUUUGCAGUCAUCAUAGCAGACUUAAAAAAUCAGGACUCAAACGUGGUUGUGAGUACCCUCGAGAUGCAGCUUCCCCAGCUGAAGCUCAUGUCCCCCGAUCUCGGCGAUCGUUGGUUGGCAUGGUUGCGCACCCUGUGCCUUAGACUCUUGCAGGAGGACAGAAUCCAGGUGCUGUGCAAAAUUCUGCAAUACUUUCUGGCCCAUCUGAGCGUAGAGCAGCUCGUCCGCUUUAACCUGUUGUCAGAGUUCCUUGUGGCCACCAACAGGAGCCAGUUGUUUAAUCUGGAGGCUUACAAUUGGCUCAAGAAGGAGCAACUGGAGCUAUUUGUAACCGAUGGCCAUGUGGAAACCUUUCUGGAAGCACUGAUGACAGUUUCAUGGGUGAACGUUCCUCUGUUCCUCUGGUUACGCAGUUUCAAGUCUAAACGUGUGCAGAGGGUUCCUAAGGAGCUGCUUAUUAAGUUGUGUUUUGUUGUUCGGGCCAUCGGUAACUUUGAUUUUCGAGUGACAGCCCAAGAUUAUGUCUUAUUAAUGUUCAAGGACACAAUCGACGCUCUUUCUUUGAGGGAUUACAUUGUCUGCAUGGAGUCGUUAUUUAAUAAGGCAGAUCCAUAUCUUGACUACGACAGAUUAGAAAAAAAAAUCUACAAAUGCAAAGACCUUGACAAUCAUAUUGACUUGUUUAACCGGAGAUCCUUUGACAUAUUUAGCCACGAUGUUUGGAGAUUGAAUAACAUUGUAGGGAAUCUUUUAAAUACUUCUUUAAUAUUGGAAUGUGAAACUCUUUGCGAACAUAUACAUGGUUUUUGGCGCCUCGCUCUAUUUAGUAAUAACCAGGAAUUAAUAAUGCAGUUUUUACGCCAGUAUUACAAAGUAAACACUUCGUUGCUUCAGAAGGGAGCGAGUCUCGGAAAGAUGCAAGCGCACUUGCUGGAACGACUGGACUGCCAGACUAGCGAGGAGACAUCCUUUUUGAAGGCCCGAUGCGUGGACCUUUUUACUUCGAACCUAGAUUCAUGGCGUCAAAUGGAUGAACUAGAAAUUGAUCCCCUGGAACUAUUGAAACAGGGUACCGAAAAAACCAUGUCUACUUUAACGCGCUUAUUAGGAGUUCAUGGGAAUCGCAUAAAAAACGAGACGGUACUGUCCGCUCUGAUUGCCCGUGUGAGAUAUUUUUGUCAUAUUAACAACGUUCUAGACUACGCAUAUAGAAAUUUAACAGAAGAGGAGUUUGAAAGCUGCAUAACUAAUCAAAUGAUUCACAAGAGAUUGGAUCGUUUACCAGACGGAAAACUAAGUAUAUCCCUUUACUUAAAGCUGCUUCUUUAUGGAGAACCCACAAAAGGACUGGCACGAACCGGACCGAAAUGCAAGAAUUAG